AGCAUGGGGAAAGCACGUGCCAUUUAUAUUGUUGCGCACGAUUCGGUGAAAUUAUACGUCGCCUCGCACGAUUAUACCACCACCCCAACUGACAUUCUCACCGCUAGUGAGACGAACGUUGUCGGUAACGCCACUAGAGUCGCUACUACCACCGAGAAAAGGCCAUCGGCUUCCCCUUCCGUGGAAGUGGUUGAUAGCUCGAAAAUCACAGUACCAUCGCGUACACCGAGAACAGUGCCCACGAAUGCGAAAUACAUCAGCGUCCGUCGCCGGCCUGUCACGAUGCUACUCGCGGUGAUCGCGCUCCUCUGCGCCGGUAGCAGUGCCGAGGUGUUCACUAACACGUUUCUCGUGAAGAUGAGGCAGCCUGCGGAGAGACACAUUGCAGAUCGCGUGGCUGCUAGGAAUGGAUUCGUCAAUCUUGGACCGAUAUUGGGCAGCCAUACGGAAUACCACUUCGUGCACAAAGCCCUGCCCCACGCGCGGAGCAAGAGGUCCGUGCCACAUACGAGAAGGCUGAAGGUGGACCCUUUGGUGCACACAGCGGUGCAGCAGCCUGGAUUCAAGAGGGUGAAGAGAGGGUACAAGCCUCUCAGCGUGGAUAACCUGGUACGCCUUUACCAGAUUAAAAAUCCGGCGAGCCCGGGCAACAGAGACCCGUCUGAUCCUUAUUUCCAGUAUCAAUGGUACCUGAAAAACACCGGGCAAAAUGGCGGCAAGCCGAAGUUGGACUUGAAUGUAAAGGCGGCUUGGGCACAGGGUAUCACUGGGAAAAAUGUAACCACGGCUAUAAUGGACGAUGGAGUCGACUACAUGCAUCCGGACCUGAAGUACAACUACAAUGCCAAAGCUUCCUACGAUUUCAGCAGCAAUGACCCUUACCCUUAUCCGAGAUACACGGACGACUGGUUCAAUAGCCAUGGCACCAGAUGCGCCGGCGAGGUGGCAGCAGCCCGGGACAACGGCGUCUGCGGCGUGGGCGUCGCUUACGACUCGAAAGUCGCCGGGAUUCGAAUGUUGGAUCAGCCUUACAUGACCGACCUGAUCGAAGCUAACAGCAUGGGACACGAACCUGACCUCAUAGACAUUUAUAGCGCUUCAUGGGGACCAACGGACGACGGGAAAACUGUGGAUGGGCCGCGGAACGCGACGAUGAGGGCCAUCGUGCGCGGCGUUAACGAGGGUCGAAGAGGAUUGGGUAACAUUUACGUGUGGGCUUCUGGCGACGGCGGGGAGGAGGAUGAUUGCAAUUGCGACGGUUAUGCGGCCAGCAUGUGGACUGUCAGCAUUAACAGCGCCAUCAACGAUGGGCAAAACGCUCAUUACGACGAGAGCUGUUCGAGCACCCUGGCCUCGACGUUCAGUAACGGCGCUAAGGAUCCCAAUAUAGGAGUGGCCACCACCGAUCUCUAUGGCGAAUGCACCACGACGCACAGCGGGACGUCAGCCGCUGCACCGGAAGCCGCGGGAGUGUUUGCCCUCGCCCUCGAGGCCAAUCCGCAGUUGACCUGGCGCGACAUACAGCACCUGACGGUACUGACGUCGAAGAGGAACUCUCUGUUCGACGCGAAAAGAAGAUUCCAUUGGACGAUGAACGGGGUUGGUCUGGAAUUCAACCAUCUCUUCGGUUAUGGCGUGUUGGAUGCCGGUGCAAUGGUAGCCUUGGCGAAGGAAUGGAAAACUGUACCUCCGCGCUAUCACUGCGAGGCUGGUACCGUGCUGGAAACUCUCGAAGUGACGAGCAAUCGAUCGAUCUUCUUGAAAAUAAAGACUGAUGCCUGCGCCGGCACCGAGUACGCCGUCAACUAUCUGGAGCACGUGCAAGCCGUCAUUUCCGUCAACGCCACGCGACGAGGUGAUCUGGAGCUGUUCCUAAUUUCUCCCAUGGGUACUAGAUCGAUGAUCCUGAGCAGAAGGAAAAACGAUGACGAUCACAGAGAUGGAUUUACCAAAUGGCCUUUCAUGACGACUCACACCUGGGGAGAGUAUCCUCAAGGGACCUGGUUGUUGGAGGUGAGCUUCAAUACUCAGUCUCCUCAGCACGGAUGGAUCAGAGAGUGGACUUUGAUGCUGCAUGGAACCAGAGAACCUCCUUACACCGGACUUCCGGCUGCGGAUCCACACUCGAAAUUGGCAAUCGUGAAGAAGGCACACGAGGAACGGUCGACAGCCAUGUAACGACCACCCUGAGGACCCUAGAUACGUUCAUAUCGAGAGAUGUUCACGCGACUAGUCUUAUUAUUUAAGGAUCUCGUUUUUACAGGCGACGGAGAAAAAUUCGAACGCAACCGCGCUGUCUUUUCCCAAUCGUUCGCUGAUUAUUUCUAUCGAAAUAGCUUCGUGCAUGUUCGACGAUUCUGAUCUCUGUUACCCCCGAGUUACGUUCGAAUUUCUUCAGACAAUUGCGUUUCUGACGAACAUCCCUGUGAUACCGCAUAUUAAUUAUAUUCGUAUAGGUUCCCGGCAGAGUUAGCUUGUCGUUAUUGUUUUUGUCUUCGUGACGAAUAAUAGUAUUUAUUAUUAGAGGACGUUAACUGCGUCAGAGGCGAACAGAAAACGCGAUCGUCGACGACGCGUUCGACUUCUUUAGAUGGUCGUUCGUUAAUAUUUAAUUAUUUAAUUUAGGAUUCAUCCAGUAUUAAAAGCUACAACCAUUAACCAAAGAGUCGAUGAUAAUGAUUUACUUUUACUGUCCAUCGUCGAUCACUAUUGCGUGAGCAUUCGGAAAGACUAAACAAAGUUCAACGGUUAGGAAAAUUAACGGUUUCAGUUUUAUUGCACGCUAAGAGUCCUUUCGCUGACACAGAGGGAGGAGAAAUAUCGGUAAACACCGAACGAAAUAACGAACAGAAUAUAACACGAAAGGCACAUUCAGAUUUAAGAACGAUACGCCGAAGAGUCUCAGUUGGGAACAAUAUUCAUUCGGAAUUAUCCUCGCAACUCGACGAGCCCGUCCGUCUCGUACCAAUUAACCACUGAAUUCGUAGCUGAGUUUUUAGCGCGUGUCGAGUUGAGAGGGAUUAUCUAACACGGCAACAAGCAGGAACAACGAUGGUCCACGCGUGCCAACGUUUGUGAUUUUUCACGGAAAAUAUUUUCAAAAGCGUUCGGAUGUGAAUUUUUGGGCCAUAUAUCUAUUGUAGAUUAUUAGAUGUUCGACUUUACAAAGUUAUCUCGAGGAAUUAAGCGAUGCAUCAAACGUUUAAACGACGCAAAUAUCAAGUUAUUCAAUCUCCACGUAGAAUUUUAA